AACAGAACAUAAUCGAUGAGCAGUUCUGCAGAGCGUACUGCUCCCACCCUCCCGCUUUCGCGGGAAGUUUAGUUGAUUUUAUUUUACGAAUUAUGAUUUUGCUCUUGCUGUUUCGUAUUUGAAGAAUUGCCCAAGAUGUCUGGCUCGCUACCUUUGUUGUACCACGCCGAGAGCUCAUUUUAUUCACAGAGGGCAAGGCUUGGUUUAGCCGAAAAGGGCGUGAAGCACCGCCGGUAUCAUGUGACGCACAAGGCUGGCGAGAACCUGCUACCAUGGUUCAUGAGGCUGAAUCCAAAGGGGGAAGUACCCAUAAUGGAGCACAACAAACGCCUCAUCAUAGAUUCAGAGGCCAUCUUGGAUUACCUGGACCAGAUAACACCAGAUGUACCCAGGUUGACCCCUGAUCUGACCAGUGAGGAAGGGCCGAAGGUGCACCACUUCAAGAGCCUUUUGAAGUCUGUCAACAUCCGUGUCCUGAUGCUCGGAAGUAAACAUCAUGCUGAUAAAAUCGGAGCUGUGAAAGUGAAAGACUUCAAUUCAUGGCUGGCACAUUUUGUCAAAUUGAAACAUUCUAAAGGCAUCAAAAUUAUGAAGUGGCAUUCAAGAAUAAAUCCCGAUCUGAAAUUUGCAUAUGAUGCCAAAAUUGCAACUUAUGAAAAAACAGCCAGCGGAAUUGAACUAGAAGUAGUUUUAACAGAAAUAAAACAUUGUGAUGAAGUUUUUGAUGAAAUUGAGGCUCAGCUUGUUCAGUGUAAUAAAGAUGCUGAUGAAUCAGCCCCAUCAUCUGAACAGUUACCGUGGCUAUGCUCGAGGACAUUCUCAAUCGCGGAUAUUUUCUUGUCUACAAUUCUCCAUCGUUUAACGUCAAUUGGUCUUCAACAGAGGUUCUUCACCAAUGGCAAGCGUCCUCAUAUAGAAGCAUAUUACGAGCGAGUUUUAAAGCGGCCUUCAUUCCGUAAGACCUGUCUGUAUUCAAAUAGUGCACUGUGGGCAUUGGCUAUCCCGAUUGUCAAGUACAAGAUAAAAAGAACUGUACCAUAUAUUUUAAUUAUUGGGGCUGUAGGGGGCGCUCUAUACAUGUAUUUUAAACACUAAAGCUGAGAAAAAUUCCCAUUAAUUAAAUGGUUGAGUUGCAAUUAAGUCUGGGAAUAUAUAUUAUUCAGAAUCCUGACUUCUUUAGGAAUUAAUUUUAGGACCUUAAUGAUGUAUUGUCCCAUACAAAAUAUCAUAAAAAUCAUUUUUGAAAUUAGCUUGCUCAUAUUGAAGUAACAUAAAAUUUAUCAACUUGAGCAUACAAAAUGUUUACACAUAAUUUUAAUUCAAAAAUCACACUUCCAUUUUCAUCAUUAUCCAUUAAAAAAAAAAGGCAGGGUACACAUUUUAGAAAUUAAAUAAUUUUGAGCUCAAGUUAAUAAUAUGUGUGUUACUCCAAAGUAAGAUGCUUAGAGAUCUUGUUUAUUUGCACCUUAUAAAUCAACCCAUUAUUCUUAUUAUUAUCAUUAUCAUUUAUUAUUAUUAUUAUUAUUAUUAUUAUUAUUAAACUAUUGCCAGAAAUAUUUGAGUACCAUUGUUAAAGUUUUCACCUUCAAUAAUUAAUCCUAUACCAAAGUUUAUUUUAUACCAUGUAAAUGAGGUUCUAUUAUUUUGGUAUCUUCUGUAUGUGUACAUUAUGUCUGAGUUUUUCUUUUAUUAUUGAUUAUUAGUAUAUGCUGAACACUUAAGCCGAAUCAAUUUCAUUGUAUGUUAUUUACACUUUAAUAAUAAAGUGUCUGAGUCAUGUUGGCAUGCAAGUAUGUGUCUCGACAUAGGAACAUGUUUCUGCAUAUAUUGCAAUGUAUAAAUAUAUACAGUAUACAAAUGAGUCUACAUGUGGCUGUUCCCAUAUAUGGACUCAUUUUUCCAUAUUGCCAUGUAUUUCCAUGUGGACAUGUGCCUUCAUAUGUUAUAGUGUCUUCAUAUGCAGGCAGGAGUAUCUAUUUAGGCAUGUGUCUCCAUAUGUCGGUAUGUCUCCACAUGCACAAAUGUAUCUCUGUUUGACAACAGUCUACAGUAGGCAAUCUCUGUCUAUACUAUCAAUGUGUCAGAUAUGUGUAGUAUGCACAUAUGGCAAUGGUGAUGUCAUAUUAUACCCAAAUAUGGGUUAAUCACAUUUAUGUGUUUCCAUAUGUUGUGUAUUUCUAAAUGCAAACUAGAUUAAACCAUUGAAUAUUAAAUUAAGUCUUUCACAAAUAUUUUGUAUUGAAUGAAUGUAAAAAUUUUGUACAGCAAAUUCAGUUUGCAUUAUGCACUAUAUAAAUAUAUUGUUUGGAUUAUGUAAUGCCAUUUCAUUUAUGUAAUUGCAAUACUGAUAUAUGUUAUCUAGAUUUAGUUAAUAAAUUUCUAUAAAUGGUAUAAUGAACUGUUAAAUCCAAUAUAAAUUCAUUAAAUAAAAUAUGCUUCAUACAAAAAGAAA